GCUGCUCCUGUUUGCUGCGACGUUACAGUGUUUUUUUCGGGCCGUGCCGACAUCAUUUGAAUUAGUCGCUUUGUGACGUUUGAACGGUUCGAAUCUACACGCGACGACCCACACGGCGGCAGCACAUACUCGUACGUGAGCUUUUUCGACUACCCGUUAACCGCUGUCAGCUAACCGGUAACCGUUACGAUGGCUAAAGGCCGUCUAUAACACCGACGCCAAUAAUUACAAUCGAAAACUCGAGUUGAUUUAAGAAAGAAGCGGAGCGCAGCUUUGCACGUGACUGGAGCGGGGAAUGUUAAAGGACGCCGAGGAGUUGAAUAAACGCGGUAAACUGACGUCGCGCAACAUGAACGACUUUGGGCGACAGGUGGCGACAUUACCGCUGCCCCUUCCAUUGCUGGCCAAGACCCCGACCAGUGAUCACGGCCCCAUGCACUCCACACCUCCCACAACGCCGCCCACACCGCCCCCCCUGCCCUUGAACAUGAGUCAAACGGCCACUAAAGCAACAAUGGCGGCACACGCAUCUCCUGCAGGACAUAGUACACCGGCCACCCCCACGUUAGGCGGUGGGGCACUCGGUGGUACCAUCGCAGCAACGGCACCACAGGAUCACUACAGUUUGCGCUGGAACAAUCAUCAGAAUCACAUCCUGAGGGCCUUCGACGCCCUGUUGCAGACUAAAACGCUGGUCGACGUGACGUUGGUCUGUGCAGAGACUUCGAUCCGGGCCCACAAAAUGGUGUUGUCCGCAUGCUCCCCCUUCUUUCAGCGCGUUUUCGCUGAAACACCCUGCAAGCACCCAGUGAUUGUGCUUAAGGACUUCCGCGGCUGGGUCGUCCAGGCCAUUGUGGACUUCAUGUACCGCGGCGAGAUCAGCGUGCCCCAGCAGCGACUGCAGACACUGAUACAGGCGGGAGAGUCCCUGCAAGUGCGAGGACUCGUCGAGAGCUCCGUUCCGGAGCACACGCCCACGCCAGCAGCUUCGCCCGAUGACUUCGGGCUGCUGGAUGCAUCGGUGCUCUCCUCCAGCUUUGAGGACGAGUCGCCAUCGAUGGUCCGACCAUCCCAGGCAGCAUCAGAUGGUAAACUGAUAAUGCCUUCCAGGCAACACCUCUUUGGCAACCCCGCGAGCUCUAUGGCGGCGCUAAGGCUGCGCCGGAAGAGGGAGCAGGAGUGCGAUCGCGAGCUGGAGAGUGACCAGGAGCUGGGUGGAAGUUCGCCGAUGCCAAGACGCAAGCAAGCGCGACCGCGACGCCGGUCGGGCGAUGUCCCGCACGACUUUGCCCUGAACAAGCCCGAGGCGGAAACACUGCAAACUGUGAUUAAACACGAGAUGCUAGAGAGCAUGGAGGGAGAGGAGGGGGGAGAGGAGGACGACGGACCAGAAUCGACACAGGCUCAGCAGGACUCCUCACAGGCUCUGAAAGUGUCUACGGAGCAGCCGAACGAGAAGCAGCUUAUGGCCAAAGACAGUGAGCAGCCUCUGAGUCGGAACGAGAGCCACCAGAACGAGCAGGAGCUCGAAGAAGAGGACGAAGAUGAUCAAGAUCAGGACGAAGACGAGGAAGAACAGGACAUAGAAGAGCUUAUACACACGACCAACGAGCUGAGGCGCCAGGCGGCUGUAGCCGCCGCAAAUGCUGCCGCCAUGUCGCCAAUCCCCUCGCCCUGCCCCAGCGAUGGGCCCGAGGACCUCUGCACCACUAAGAAGGACAAGGACAUCAGUCACCACACCACCCACUCAUCCGAUUGUGAAUCGAACAACAACAAUAGCAGCAAACUCCAGGACAACAACCAACGGAUCAUGCUGUCUCUUAAGGAUAUCAGACAGCUGAAUGCAAAUCCCAACGCAUCGUCAACGCCAAUCCAUACGCCCACCAGCUGCUCGGCGGGGGGCAACGGACUAAUGAGUUUCCCUCCGCCCGGCAUGCGGCCCCCAGGCCUUCCGGACAGCCCGCCAUGCCACAUGGAGGCACUAGAGGCACAGAUGCAUGCCGCAGCGGCGGCCGCCGUGGCUGCCGCCGGUGCCGGAGACCAUCCCUUUCACCACAUGGAGCACCAGAUGGAGAUGUCCCUGGCUGCGGCAGCUGCGGCAGCUGCCAUGCAUCAACGAGACCCGCGAGAUCCCCGCGAUCAAUGCGCUUUUGGCAACGGCAUGUUGGGGCCCAUGGUCAUGUCCCCGUUCGGGGGACCCAACGGAGGGCCACCUGGGAGCAGUGGCGGGCCGGGAAGCGGAUGUCCGGGACAGGCGCCCCAUGAACGGUUGGAGGAGAGUAUGAACCGCCUGAGCAAGGAGCUUGGAAAGGAGUUUGGCAAAGACUUUGCCAAAGAGUUUGGCCCGUCCUCGCCGAUGAGUCUCCCCGGACACUUCAGUCAGCAGGAUGGACAUCCGCACACGCAUCCGCCAUCGCCGCUGCCUUUUCCCGGCAUGUCCUCCGCGAUGACGCUGACGCCGCCGCACAUGUUUGGCCUGGACUCCCCACUCGGCCUAUUUCCACCCGGAAUCGAUCCCGGCAAGCUUUAUAAUCCGCUGAUGGAGAUGAGUGACCCACGGGACAUGAGCGGCGGACCACCGCCCUUCCUUAAGAAAAAAAUGCCACGACCCAAGGGACAGCACUCGGCACCACGGGGCGGACCACCUCGUUCCUGGACCAACACAGAGCUAACGGAGGCCCUUCAGCACGUGUGGAACAAGAAGAUGACCACCUCGCAGGCCUCCCGCAUCUUUGGCAUACCGUACAACUCCCUGCUGAUGUAUGUGCGGGGCAAGUACGGAAAGAGUUUGAAGCUGGAGCAGCUCCGUAAGGAUUGCAUCAGCGGGCCACCCAUUGAGAUGCUCCAGAUGGGCAUCAGUGGGGGCAACGGAGGCGGUGGCAACUCCAGCAAGAGCGAGAAGAACAAGGACCGCAAGGAAAAGGACAAGGAGAAGGGCUCGACGAGUAACAAUACGUCGGGUAGCUCUGGGAACGGGAAUGUUCCACACUGCGGCUCGGCCAGUGGAAAUGGCCCUCCCAUGCCGCAUCCCAGUGACCUCGGUUCCUUGGGGCCACUCGACUUGGAGCUGGGACUGCCUCUGGGUCCUCCAGGCGGGCCUCGAAGCGGCAGCUCAGAGCCCGAUUUGUUGGGCGGACCCAAUGCCCUCUUCAAUCCCUUCAAUCCCCAAGGAUUUUAUCACGACUUUUCCGGCGGUUUCCCGGGACUGCCCCUGAGCAUGCUGAAUCUUCUGCCGCCGGCAGAGCGACACCAUGCAGCGGCUGCCAUGCACCAUCUGGGAAUGACAAUGGAUGAGGACUGCAAGUCGGUGGCCUCUAAGCAGUCCUCCUCCAUGGACGACGAUUUUGCGGGACAAGGGAUUCCUCUCUCAUUGGAGCAACGGCGAGAGAUGGCAGCGACGGGACCCCCCUUGACGCAACUGAAUGGCGUUGCUGGGCAGGAUUGAAACAUGUGGCGGGAUUGGGCAACUGGGGCUGCCAAUCCAAUAUACUUCCCGCCGUUCGAGCUCGACCAGGAGCAGAAUCCGGCAGGCCCAGGUCCUCCAACGACCCUUCGACACCCGCGAUCCGCCCUGCCCCACCUGGGGUGUCGCGAUCUCAGCUUUAAGCCCGGCCAUCUCUUUAUGGCCAGGCGGAAGAUGAAACGCUAUCGGGCCAAGCGCCAGCUGCAACUGCAGACCCAGAUGCAGGGCUCCAAUCCCCAUCCGCCAACGACUGCGACAUGUCCUGCCGCCCACCCGGUUCCACCGCUGCGGACUUGAAAACUGUGAACAGAAUCGAUAUGCAAUAUGUGUAACCUUAACCCACUAUUUAGUUUCAUUUGUAGCCCUAAAUACAAUAUUUUAUUCGCGAGGA